GGCUGCGUGUUUCCGGAAGACGUGGCGGCUCUCGACUGAGCUGCUUCCCGGCUUCAUUUGCCCCUACUGGGCUUCACACCCUGGCGGCCCCGAGGUGCUUUCGCCGCGGCCCUCACCACUGCAGCCAUGAUCUCCUUAACGGAUACCCAGAAAAUUGGAAUGGGAUUAACAGGAUUUGGAGUAUUUUUCCUGUUCUUUGGAAUGAUCCUCUUUUUUGACAAAGCACUGCUGGCUAUUGGAAAUGUUUUAUUUGUGGCUGGCUUGGCUUUUGUGAUUGGUUUAGAAAGAACAUUCAGAUUCUUCUUCCAAAAACAUAAAAUGAAAGCUACAGGAUUUUUCCUGGGUGGUGUAUUUGUAGUCCUUAUUGGUUGGCCUUUGAUAGGCAUGAUCUUUGAAAUUUAUGGAUUUUUUCUCUUAUUCAGGGGCUUCUUUCCUGUGAUCAUUGGCUUUAUUAGAAGAGUGCCAGUCCUUGGGUCCCUCUUGAAUUUACCUGGAAUUAGAUCAUUUGUAGAUAAAGUUGGAGAAAGCAACAAUAUGGUAUAACAACAAGUGAAUUGAAGACUCAUUUAAAAUAUUGUAUUAUUUAUAAAAUCCUUGGAAGAAUAUCCAGCACAAAAUUAAAUUACAUGAAAUAGCUUGUAAUAUUCUUUACAGAAGUUUAAAAUGUAUAGUCCACAAAGUACCAAUUGCAGUUAACAAAGAAGCAGUGGAAACAAGCUUCUAGUCCAAGUGAUCUAAGAGGUCAGCAAGCAAACUGAAGGAGGUGAAUUCUGUGUCACAAUACAUAUUGAAACUCUUGAAGGCAACUUUUAUCAUUUUUCCACAAUGUGUGAAACACAGCCAUCCUUAGAGAACUGUCGUGCCUGUUUCUUUUUGUUUUAUUUUGAAGGUGCAUUUGCCUUUUAGAAAUGUUCACUGGAAUGGCAAAAAAUACUUCCAGUUGCACUGUCUCUCUGAAAGGGGUGCAUGAGUUAGAUAGGAUUAAAUCAUUUUAAUGGAUGAAAACCCGGUUUUGACGUAUAUCAAUCACUUUUUUUGGUAAACAUAUUGUUAAAAUAAAACUUUUGUGGUUCUUCCGAAACUUAAUAUUUUAAAGCCAGAUGAAAAUCUGAACUAGAUAUUCUCUGUUGGAAUGUGCAAAGGUCAUUCUUUACAAGCUUUUAGUUCCUUAAAUUAUAACUGACUAAGCACUUUUUUGGUUAGCAACACACUUUGGAAAUAUUCCUACUUCUUGGGAGUCUGACUUAGGUAUCUGUGUCAUUCAUUAUAUGUAAGCAUUUAACAAAAAAGCAUUCUUGGCCAUGAAGUAGUCUGUUACAUAGCUUGUUUCACUGAAUAGUCUUUUAAGAUAAUAAUGAUGCAAACCAAAUAGAUUUUUCCACAUCAUGAUGUAGUUUUUCUCCUUUUUAAAUUUUAGCAGUGGUUUAUUAUUUUGCUUUUCAUAAAUUAAAACAACUAUUGGUAAUGUUUAUUUUAAGUUGUAUCAUGUUGAAAGGUUAAACUUAUAGCUACUUUGUAAAUGGAUAUCAUGUAAACUGAGCUUUCCUUUUAUUUGCAGCUUUUUCAUAGCAUAAAAAUCAAUAUGCAUGAUGUUUGUUUCAUGUGAUCACUCUUCAUCCUGACUUCAUGGAGAAUAUAUCUGAGUUCACAUGCUAAAGUUACUUUACUGUAAUUAAACUGGCUAUAGUUUCUUAAAAACACGACACUAAAAAAACUGUGUUAUUUUUUUUUACCACUGCUGCUUGAUAGGCAGUAAGAAACAGUGGUUGUUUCUUCAUUAGUAGUUUUUCAAGGUGACAGCUUUUUUUGAUAGAUGUAGAAACACAUUUCAACACCCAUAGUACUAUUUGUUUUAUCACUAGUGAUUGCACUGUUUGCUUUCUUUUUUAAACAGUUGAAAAGUUUUCAAUCCAUCAAAUCAUAAUUGAAAUUUGUGGUUUUUAUUUACAAAUAUGUCUACAAAAUAUAUUACAGCACAUGUUAUUUUUAGUUAAAAUCUUUUGAUACACAGAGAACUCUCAACCUUGCUCAUCUAAAGAAGGAAAGACUUGGUAUAUAGUCUAAUGGUUCAGUCUUGUGGAUUACUGUCUUUUUGGUACUGGCAUUUGACUUAUGACAUAAUCUGUGAAAAUAGAUAAUAUUGACAGAAUGAGACUCCUACCUCAGUAGUUCAUAGACUAAUAAGAAUCCUAGUGUUGUGUCUAAUGUUCUUCAAACAAGUAAUAUCCUCCCUUGGAGAGUGUCAAGUAUAUACAUAUUUUGGGGAUUGACUUACGUAAGUUGCCCUGUUGGACUCUGUUAUACAUAUUGUUGACUGACCCAUAUUAUUUACAGUGGCUAGAUAAUUCUUUUUAGAGCAAGAACAGUAUCUGUUAAUGUAAGGAACAUCUGUAUUAUUUAACAGCUUCUUUGUAGGAUUCCUAUCAAAAUGUUCUUUGCACUGUAACAGAAAUCUCUUUUUCAACAAUCUUAUUUCAGAGAGCAUUAAUAGACAGAAGCAUAUAAGGGAUUUGAUAAUCUCCCAGUCCUUAGUAAGAUUGAGAGGCUGGAGCAGUUUUCAGUUUUAAAUGAGUCCACAGUUAAUCUCAAAUGUGAAUUUGGGACUGUUUGGCAGCAGUAUAUAUUUCUUAUUCAAAUCCAUUGAUAAGGCUCUAUUUUUAAACAUACUAGUCUUCUGACAGAAAGCACUGUGCAUUGUAUUGUUUCUUCCUUUCCAAAACGAGCCUUCUGUCUUUGUGACAAAAAAAAAAAAUACAUUGAUUAUUGCUAUAAAGGUGGAGGAAAAGGUCUAAUACUACUUAGCCUUAAGUGUUCCUGGCAUUGUUCAAAUGUAUUUUCUGUAACAGAAACAUACUUGGAAUUUUUUUUCCCCUUUUAAAUUGUAAUUCCUGAAAUAACUGCUGAUUUAAAAAGCCUCACAGUCAGAUUAUAUGACCUAACAAUUGAAUAUUGUAAAUACACUUGUCUUACCUCUCAAUAAAAGGGUACUUUUCUAUGAA